GCCUCUUGAGGGGCGUGACCCCGGACCACGUGUAAGGCCUGCUGGGCCGAGCGGAACCAAUGGGAGCGCGGCCUCGUUUCCGGCGGGACUCUUAAGGAGAGACUCGGGUCCGCUGCAGACGGACGUCCCUUGCGGCCCGCGUCCAGUCAUGAAGUUUCGGGCCAAGAUCGUGGACGCGGCCUGUCUGAACCACUUCACGCGAGUCAGUAACAUGAUAGCUAAGCUUGCCAAAACCUGCACUCUCCGCAUCAGCCCUGAUAAGCUGAACUUCAUCUUGUCCGACAAGGUGGCCAGUGGAGGGGUGAGCAUGUGGUGUGAGCUGGACCAGGAGAACUUCUUCAGCGAAUUUCAGAUGGAAGGUAUCUCUGCAGAAAACAAUGAAAUUUACUUAGAGUUAACAUCGGAAAAUUUAUCUCGAGCCUUGAGAACAGCCCAGAAUUCCAGAGCCUUGAAAAUCAAGCUGACUAACAAACACUUUCCCUGCCUCACAGUCUCCAUAGAGCUGCUAUCUGUGUCAAGCAGUAGUCGCAGUGUGACACACGACAUCCCCACAAAGGUUAUUCCUAGAAAAUUGUGGAAGGAUUUACAAGAACCUACAGUCCCGGACCCUGAUGUUAGUAUUUAUUUACCAGCCUUGAAGACAAUGAAGAGUGUUGUGGAAAAAAUGAAAAACAUCAGCAAUCACCUUAUUAUUGAAGCAAACCUAAAUGGAGAAUUGAACUUGAAAAUAGAAACUGAAUUUGUGUGUGUUACAACUCAUUUUAAAGAUCUUGGAAAUCCUCUGUUAGCCUCUGAAAACGCUUCUCAAGAUAGAAGCCCAGACGAGAUGGCGGAAGUGCACAUAGAUAUCCGGAAGCUCCUGCAGCUCCUUGCUGGACAACAAGUGAACCCUGUCAAGGCUAUGUGCAGUCUGUUUCUGCUGGUAGUUUGGUCUCUGCGUGCCUUGGCUCCCUGUUUGCCCACCACCUCCCUGUGCAGCUCUCUUAGAGGAUAUUGUGAAAAACAAGAUCAUCCAUUUUGAUUUGCUCCACGAAGACGUUUCCCUGCAGUACUUCAUCCCUGCCUUGUCCUAGCCAUCCUCCUGGACUGGGGAGCUCAGAGUGCAGUGCGGGGAGAGGUGGGUGAGGUGUUGGGAGGCCGGCUGUGCUCUCAGCAGCUCAGAGCCUGUACGUGUGACUUAUUUUCCCCCUAUAAUAUUUUAACUAAAACUGAGUUAAUGAAUUGCUGUAGGAUAAACAUACUUCUUCAUAUUACUUCUUUGUUUGCAUGUCUGUUUUGUUUUGCUUUUAAGACAUUGAAAAGGAGUCUAUUUAUCCAGACUUUAAAUGGCACUUUCUCUUUGAGGCUGAGAAAAUCCUUCUGUACUUAGAAUUGGUUGGUGUAGUAAUGCAGAUUCACAAAAUUAUGGUUCAUUGAGCACAGCACUUUUUUCUCUAAGGACUCUCCACAGCUCAGCCUAAAGCAGCAGAGAGUCCAUUCCUGUGGGGACAGACCCAGAGCACUAGGGUCUCUGUGGGCUCCCCUCCCUGGCUCCAUACCUUGGAAUCUGAUAAUGGUAAGGAUGGCCCUUCUGCUGCCUCCUUACCAGGAGCGUCAUGGAGUGUCUGCCUGCAGCCUGGGGACCUUGCUGUGAUGCCUUGAAGACCCGAGUUCCUGCCUGGUGCUGUGAGAGCUGGCCCAGAGCCUCAGCAGCCAUUCCGCCCAGCUCUCUGAGGUCCCAGGUGUUAAUUCUUAGGCUGUCUUGCACAGGGCAUUGGGCCUAUCAUUCUGGAAAGAACACCUGUGCAAUUAAAGGGGGAGCAACAAGAGCUCUCAGGGAGUGUUUGUUCUCCAUGAUGAGAGCCUUUGUGUAUGUGUGUGUCCACCUCUUCCUGGGCUGGGUCCUGGCAGGCUGCCUCCUGUUUCCCCAGAUACUCCCCCUGCUUCCUAGUGUGACUGAAAUCUCAUAUGUCCCGUGGAGAUGCAAGUAAAUGUUAGCGAAACAUUACAAGUUGAGAAGUAAGACAGUUGUUUAGGAUAAAAGGAAGAAAUGGAAAAUAAGCAGAAUUGAAAAUUCUCUUACAGCUUUUCCCUAUUAUUUUGUAAAACCAGUGUAUUUGAAUGACUCCUCUGAUGCUUACUGUUAGUUCAGAUGGUAUGUAACAUUUUGUUAAACCAACACUUUAAAAUCUAAGUAUCAUUUUAAUUUUGAAUCCUCUCUCCUGUCUUUGGCUUGUAGCAAAAUUAAUUCCAGCUGCAGAGGUAAAACUUAAAAAUCAUGAUGCACAAUGAAGCAGUGCCUGAAAAUAAUUUAUAAAAUUUAGGUUUCUGUUAAAGAAAAUGUGGUAGUGACUUGGCAUUCUGAGAAAUUUGUUACUUCUGAUUAUCUAAAUGCUGGUUUUUAAUGUAUGAUGAAAAUAAAAUAUUAUUUUUUAGAA